CGGGCGCGCGUCGCGGGCUGAGGCGGAGGGACGGGGCCAAGAUGGCGGCGCCCGUCCUGCUGCGGGUGUCGGUGCCGCGCUGGGAGCGGGUGGCGCGGUCCGCCGUGUGCGCCGCCGGCAUCCUGCUGUCCCUGUACGCCUGCCACCUGGAGCGCGAGAAGGGCCGCGACAGCCACUACCAGGCCCUGUGCGACCUCAGCGAGCGGGUGCGCUGCUCCGCCGCCAUCACCUCCAGAUGGGGUCGAGGAUUCGGUCUCUUGGGUUCCAUCUUUGGAAAGGACAGUGCAAUAAAUCAGUCAAACAGUGUUUUUGGCCUGGUGUUUUAUAUACUACAAAUGCUACUGGGUAUGACAGCAAGUGCAGUAGCAGCUCUAAUCCUCAUGACAUCCUCCAUAGUGUCUGUAGUAGGGUCCCUGUACUUGGCAUACAUUCUGUACUUCGUGCUGAAGGAGUUUUGCAUUGUCUGCGUGCUCACAUAUUUGCUGAACUUCAUUCUCUUUAUCAUCAACUACAAACGACUAGUUUAUUUGAACGAGGCCUGGAAGAGGCAACUCCAACCCAAACAGGAAUAACCCCUGCUGGAACUUUUGACUGACAGUCUGAAGACCCAACUUCCAUUAAGUUUAUUUUGCAGUAAUUUUUUUAUUCUCCAUAUCAGACACUUCUUGCCCCCCUUUCCCCCACAAGAAUCAUAAUGGAAAUUUUGAAUUCUAAAUUUCAAGGGGCCCCAGAUAAUUUCUCUGUGCUAAUCUUCAGUUUCAAUGAGGUUCUGAAAGAAAGCUCUAUAACAAUCAAAGACAAGCUUUAACUUUACUUGGAAGGAGUUUUAGCCACAGCAAAACCUAGACUCUCUCUCUUCCCCCUCCACUUGUGAAGUGGGUAACACUUGCUAUAAAAUAUCCUGUAUAUAAAUUCAGGUAUAACAAGAUGUGAUCAUGACAUGAAAUAUUCUAGACUAGCAUCACCAUAUUUAAUAUUGCCAUGUUUACAGUAAGUGUAUUUUUUUCUUUUUUUUUCUUUCUUUUUUUUUUUUUUUAGCUGAUGGACUUAGAUUUGACUAGGACUUAUACUGUAAAUAAAAUUAGAACUCUUGGUUUCAUCCCUGGAGAACUCACUGUCCCAUGGGUUGGUUAGGAGCUGUCAGAGGUUCAGCUCAGAGUCGACUGACAUGAUGGAAGAAGUGACCUCCAAAGAACAUGGAGUUGCUGCUCUCACUGUUGUGAUUUCACAAGAAUGAUGCUUGGGGUUGGUUCCAUUUUUUUCUUCUUUUUUUUUUCCUUUUUUUUUUGUCUCCAGUAACAAAAAUGGAAUUAAAGCUGAAACCUGAAGUAUGUUGAUUAAACGACAACCUCAUUAAUUUCUGUACAGAACAAAAAUAGCUUCAUGUGGUCAAUGAAAAGCUGAUUUGCAGACUGGGGGUCGGAUGAAGUGUUCUUUGAAAGGACUCAUUUCCAGGCAGAGCUGUUCCUUUUGAAGCUGUGCUCAGCCAGCCAGUGUUACUAAUGUUUGAUGUUCUGUGAAUGCUGCAGUAUAGAAUUGCAAUUUGCAGUGGAAACCACUGAGUGAGCAGGAUAACCAAGCAGUGCACUGAAAAAGCAGUUCCUUAAUUGAUCUUGGUCAGGAUCUGUGGUUUGUGCUAUAUUGGGAAAUGAACUUUAGGCCUGACACACACACACAGAGAAGAUCUCUUGGAAGGGCAACCUGUUUAAUGGGAUAAAUAAGUCAAUGUGCUCCUGAAAAUGAAAUGUGAUAUAGUGCUAUCAUUGCUCUUUCUAAGAACUAAUUAGGGGAAAAAAAAUUCAACUGCAUAUUUUAACAAAGGAACAAAAUUGUACACGUUGUUUCUGCACUCAGUAUUCUAAGGCUGAAUGUUAAAAGUGCCUUCUGUCUUCAAAUCUUAAACCAAAUACUUUGUGUUGAACUUGGCAGGCAGAAGUGUCCUUGCUUUAAAAAUGAACAAACAAAAUUCCCAGCAAACUUGCUGGGGAUAGAGGAGUAUUAAGAGAUCUGGUUUUAGUUUUUAGACUGAGAAGUGGUAGCAGUAUUGUUUUCAGUUUAAUUUAAAAGCUUGAUGUGAUUUGGAAAAGUGAAAUAUUUGUGUUUCAGACUGUGUGACACCAAAAUGUGUGGGUUCAGCUACUUUCUGUAAUUGGUGCUGUGCUGCUUUUUGCCCUUGUCAGUUCGAAAUAUGAAGAAUUCCAACUGCAUACCCAUUUAUUUAAAGAACUAAUUUAACUCCUUUUAGCAUCUUCAUUCUCAAACAUGAAUGUCAGAGAGCCACUUCCAUUGCAAGUGGAUUUUAAACACUAAGGAUAAACUUGACUGUGAAACGAGCAGUGUUUCCAUAGAGCAAAACAAGGCUGGAGAUCGAAUUCAUAAAAUUAAUAUUUCAAUUACUACUGAGCUAAUUCUGGUUUAUACCAAGGCUAGAGGUGGAAACUGCUUUUGUGUACAGAGUUGUGUGGUGUGAGUAACAUCUGUUGCAUGUAACACUAAAUGACUUGUCCCUCGUCUGACAGUUUUAGCCAACAAUCCAUUAAAUGAGUUUUGUAUUGACCAGAGUAUAGUUAAAGCUUGUCUUGAUGUUUAGUUCUGUCUCUCAAAUGCCUUCCACUUUGAUAUUAAGGGGAAUGAAUGAUGUUGAAUUGGUCCCUCAAGGCUUGGCUUUGUUCCCUCCCAAGCCCUGAGGCAGUAGCAGUGUUUAAUGUAUAGAUUUUAUUUUGAUGCAUUCCUGUGAUCUACACUAAAGCAUCUUUUUUUCAUCCAAGGAAGAGGUGAACAUGUGCUGCUCCUGUCUCAGAGCAAGCAGCCAUGGAGACAAGUCUAAUCCAUGAGUACUUGGUCCAAUUUCUGGGAAAAAAAGAGGAAAAAAAGCCGCAUCAGCUGAAAGUGUUGGUGUUGACUUAACUUCACUGUGUCUUGUGCUUGUUUGUGUGGGCAGUCUGUUGAUUCAGUUUGUUUAGUACAAAUGUUUAGGGCCAGAUUUCAGCAGUCCUUGUUAGUGUGCACAUGGGGAGCAAAUGGAGCUGGAGUUUGGGCUCUGGGAGAAUUUGCAGCCACACUUUGUGCACAGCUUUGCAAAUCUGAUCCUUAAUUGUGAGCUCUCUUGUCUUGUGUGCUUCCCUUGCAGUUACUUUUUACUGGAAGUGAUUUGCUAGAAAUGGCCCUGAUUUCUUCUGUUUCCCUCUCGUGCUUCAGAAAUGCAGUUGGCCUCAGAGAGGGCAGAAUAAUCUUAGCAGGAGAAAUUUGGACCUUUCUGCUUCCAGUUCUUUUGACUCUUUCCUUGCUGCUCCCAGUGAUAGAAACAGCAUUUUCCUUCCAGUAAAAUGAGUUGUGAUGGAAAUCAGGAGUGCAGCUGUGCCCCCCUGCCUGCCCCAGCCAAAUGUGGUGGCAAAUGUGUGCUUGAUGCUGGUUUUACCCUUACAAAUCCAAAGGCAAAUCCUAAAAUUUCUCAAGGAUGCAGGAGUCUGGGUAAAGGCAGGUAAAUGAUAUUUGGGCUGGCAAGAGACAAGGGGGUGUUACAGAGAUCCUCGUUGUGGUUUCAACACUCAGGAGAAUGGAAGGGAUAAAAUUCACAGUAUCCAAACACAGGUUCUGAAUUUGGGCUCUUCCUGCCCCUUUUGGCUCUCUAGAAUCCCAAAAUUCCUUUAGGAUCAUGGAAUAUUCUGAGUUGGAAAUUUCACAGUGAGAGGCGGAUUGGAAAGGCAAAAAAACCUCAUCCCAAACCCUGCUUAGGAAUGAUCCAUUCCUGAAAUCCUCUUACUGUAAGGUACUUGCUACUCUUUAAGGCCAAGGAGGAAAUGAAUAUUCUUGGAAGUUUCUUCCUGUGAAACAUUUGUGACACUGAGGCCAACGAAACAUUGCUGAGCACCUUUGGGGUGUGAAGUGACAGCAGCUCUCUGGUGAGGAGGUUUCUCAGUGCUGGAGCUGGCAUUUUUGUGCUGCUGCAGUCUCAGUUGUUCCAGGAGGUUGGAGAGGUGCUUCAGGCAGUUCUGCUCCUGAUUUACCUGGGCUGAGAGCAGAGCUUGGCUUUGGUUCUGCCAGUGUUGUUUAAACUGACAGAAAAGACAUGAAGUAUUCUGUUACCACAAAACUGUGUUAAGCAUGGCCUCAAUAUUAGGUGUUUGUUCUGUACAGUAGAUUCCAUCAACUAUUUAUUCCCAGUGCUUUCAACUCCAAAUCCAACACCCAUUUGAAAUGGAGUCAUUGGGCAGAUAUUCCUUUUCUCAAUAUAGGCUGAGAGAUUCUCUGCUGGAGGUUUAGGAUCCAAUUUUGCUAACAGGUAAAAAAACCAUGUAAAUAUGUACGAAUUCUAUUUGUUGCACAUAACUUUUGGUAUAAAAAAAAAAGAAAAAAAAAACUCCAACAAAAAUAAAUGUAGAAAUUACCUGUGGAUGUCUUGCUGCAAUCAUUCUUAUGCUGCAUUCAUGCAGUCCAAACAUAAGAGCUUGAAUGAACCCAACCAGAGGCCUUUUUGGACUCAGUCUGAGCCUUAGAAACUGUUUUUAAUGUCAGUACUGUAAUUCUGUUUCUAGAAAUUGUACCAAGUCGUGUAGUUUGUUUUUUUUUUUUUUUUUCCAAGACCUUGUGUGUGUUUAGCAGUAGAAGGGUUAAAGCACUUGAUUCUCCCCAGGUCCCAGUGUUCCCAGUAGAAUUCCUGCAGCUUUGUGUCUGGCUGAGCAUUGUGUGUAAAGGCUGAGCAGCGUUGACUUGAGGCUUUCAAUGUUUACAGUUCUUUAAGCAAAAAAAGAAACAAAAAAAAAAAAUCCCAACCUUGUGAUUUUUAUCACUUUCUGCUUUAUUGGGGCUGCUCAAAGCUGGUCCCACAGACCACAAAAGCCCUGGAAAAACUGCUGGAUGUUUCCCUGGAUUUGGAGAGGGAGCUGCUGGGCAGGGCAGGGUUUGCUGAGAACAAGCAGAAUUAACCCUCAAAUGUGUGCUCAGAUUUUGGGGGGGCUGAGCUGAGCCCGGGUUUGUAAGGAGUGACCAAUGUCAAAUCCUCAUCUGUGUUUGGGUCAGGUCUGUUGAAACUGGGGAAGAAAAUGAGUUUUUAAAGGAUGAUGGAGAAGUUGAAAUGACUUUCAAACACUGCUAGCUGGCAGUACCAUGGUGUGUUUGAACAACUGUCUUUGUGUUGUGCAUAGAGUUUUAUAUUCUGGGGCUUUAGUUCUAGAGAAAAUCUAGGCCUAGCACGGCGUGAGGAAUGCUGUAGUGUUGUUUCUUUUCCCUUAAAAACACAAGAAAAACUGUUGUGGAGUCUGCAGUGAACAUCUGUGUCCUUAUUCUGCUGGGGCAGGGUGGAAGGUGCUGCUGGUUCCUUGUGUACCACCUCUGAAGGGAACAGAAUUUGGCCAGCACACAGGAGAAAAGCAAAUCUUUGCUUUAUAUGGUCAGAUUUGGUCACUUCCCUGAGGCUCUCACACAGAGGCAGCUGCAGAACAGGAGUCAUGGCACCAGUGUCACCCAGAAUCUAAAUUCCAGUAACCAAACUCCAAAUUGUAACUCCCCAAAUGCAUUGGGCAGCCUCUGCUCUUGUUCUGCUCCUUGUGCUGCUGCUUUUGGGGCAGUGCUGGGAAGUUUGCAGAGUGAAUAUUCUGAGUUUUGCUGUGGGUGCUGGUGUGCUCCAUGCCGGGCUAAAGCCUGGCCCAGGCUGGGGUGCAGGCCUAAAGGGACAGCACUGAAGCAGCCCAGGGAUUUCCACCUGGCCCUGCCCCAGAGGGCUUCAGGCCACUCCCAGAAAAGUUUGGAACAGAAUUUCCCUCUGGGCUGCUCUUCCUGUGCUGAGAUUGAAUAAGAAGGAAGCCCUUCCACAGGGAAGUGGCAUUGCUGGACACAGUUUGUGUCUGACAGUGGCAGUUUUGGUACUGUAAAAUAAAUAGAUUUCAAGUUGAGUUGAUGUAGUCCCUCCCUCUGUAACAUUCCACCCUGCUGCUGGAACAGGAAUUCCAAACUCUCUGUUGGGUGGCUCACACCCCUCCUGGCUGCUGGGAAUGCUCAGGAUUUCUCACACAUCCAUCCUGUCAGGCCAGAGCAGCUGCACAAACUGUGCUCCUCUGCAAUCCUGUGGACAGUUUGCUGUGAUCUCAAUAGUCUUAACCCUUAGGGGAGUUUAACUGGAAAACCUCAUUUGCUUUAGAGGGAUGUGAUGUUCAUUUAGAGUAACUUAGGUUUUGUUUUUAAGUUCAGCAUUGAGUUGUAUCAUGUAAUAUUUGUAAUUUUUUUGCCAUAAACAGAUACCUCAGUCAGGAUUUCUUAACUUCAGCUCAUUGCAAGUGAAUAUUUGUUUUCCAGCCUGGAAACAAGAAGCCUCCAGACAAGGCUGAGCAGAGGAAACAAAAGUUUCUGAUCUGCUUUGCAUCACAGUAACUACUUCAGGUGGACUAGAAAUCACAUUGGACUUGCAAGACUUGAAUCAGGCAUAAAACUUAUUUAAACAGAGAUUUAAUAACGAGUUCAACAUAAUCCCCAGCCACUGACCCCUUUGUUUUCAUUUGAGGAAGAGGGAAUGUGAUGUCAUUACAGGAGGAAGACAGCUUGAUUCAUUUGCAAUCCUCCAGUACCUGUCCCUCAGAACAAAGGCAGCGGCUUUGGGCUGGCGCUGGCGGGUGAAGAUUCCUUUCUUGUUCCCCAGAACUCGUGUCGUCCCUGCAGAGAAGUUACAAAAUAAAAGAAAUGUAUAAAGCAGGCUCUUCCAGGCCCCGCUUGAGCUGUUACAAUGUAGGUACUAAAUCGGGCCAGGUGGAAGAGACCUCUGCACUUUCUUUGCACAGUCAGGUGGAGCAGGGAAGCGUGGCAGGAUCCGUGCGUGGGACAGAGCAAUCAGCUGCAGUUCUUGUUUUUACAGCUUAACUGGGGUGUGCCCACUGUCAGUGUCCUAGCUACUGGUGAUUGGCUCCACCUUCAGAUUGGAUGGAGGAAAUGUGAUGCCUGUUCACUGUCCUGUGUGGUGUCUGGAUCCUUUCUGCCUGUUUUAGUUUUCACAGGAAAUUAGAUAAAAGGAUUGCAACACGUAGAGAGACUGGAAUUGCAUCUGUGUCUGACCUUGUCUACAUUUUCUCAGUCCUUUUUGAUGCUGCUUUUCUGGGCACUGCCAUCCCUGAGCUCUCUAAUGCCUGUCCUGGUGCUCUGCAGGGUGUUUUAGUGCUGUUCCUCCCUCCCUGACUGCUCACCUAACCCACUGCAGGUGGACUAAGCAGAACAGGUUCAUUACUGAUUGUUUCACUUCUGUGGGACUGCACUGUAAAUUAAGGAAUUUCCCUUCCUUUGUGACUGCACUUAUCUAUUAAUCAUGAGUGGAGAGUCAUGGUGAGACAGCUGUGUGCCAGCGUGGCAUCUGCUCCUCUGCUGCUGAACUCUGCCAAGUAAAUAAUGAGUAUUUGAGGUGCUCUGUUCCCAGGGCAGCUGUAGGUGACACUGGAAGCAAGUGAGAUGGCCCUGACAGCUGCCUGAGGCUCUGAAUUGAGGGUGGCCAAAACCCAGGAGCAAUCUGGGUCCCUCACAAGCUUCCCCUUGUGAGAUGAGACAUGCAUGGUCCCAUGUUCUGGGAGCAUCUGUGCAGGAGAAAGGAAUUAAGCACAGGCAGGACCUUCCCUCUUGGCUCUGGUCAUGCUGGAUUUUGUGACAAAACCAGCUGUGCUCUGUCCUGGUGAACAGAGGGCCUUUUGUCCCACCCUUCAGCACAGUGUUUGUGUGGCAUCAACCACUAACUCCCAGGGAGGAUGGAGAGGUGUUUAGAAUAUAAAUAAAAGCUCACCUUGAUUGGUCAUGAAAUCAGCAAAAUUCCAGAUGAGCUCCCCGAUCACGUACUCCUUCCUCUUCUUGUCCAGGACAGAGUGGUAGCCCCUGAGCAGGGCCUGCUGGUACUCCUCAGUGAACAUCAUGGGGGGGUCCUGCCAGGAGAGCCAGGGGAGCAGGCUCAGGGCACAAACAACCCCAUCCCACGGGCUCCCAGCUAGCCCUGAGCAGCAGCUCUGGGCUGCCUGCUCUGCUGGCUGUGCUGCAUUGGGCUGCCUCUUGUGACCAUCACAAACACAACUCCAGGUAUUGCCAGCUCCCCUGGUGGCCUGUGUCAUGACAGGGACAGCAGUGCCACCCCCCUGCACCAGGAACCUCCAUCCUCCAGGAUUUGCUUUCAUUUAAGCAUUGUAGCAUUUUCAAGGACAGAUUUUGGAGUCCUCUUUAGCAGACAAAGUGAGUGGCAAAGCUCUGUGGUUUUGGGAGCAGGAUCCCAAUCCUGGAGCCUUUUGGACACUCCCAGCUGGAGCAGCUCCCAGCAAAGCCAGGCCCAGUGGUGCCAGCCUCUCCCAGUUACAAUUUUCUGCCUUCUCAGAGCAGUUUCCACCACAACACUCACACUGUGCAGCCCGGGCACUGAGUCUGCUCCAUAUUCACUCUGGAUGAUGGGUUUUUGGUAGGUUUUGUACCAGUUCUCAAACUGGGCUGUGAGUUGGAGUGGGAUCACUUCCAGGUGGCCUGGGUCGUGGUACCAGGAGAAGUAGCUGUUCACACAAAUCACAUCCACAUAGGGAGCCUGCAAAAAACAAGGUGAGAGAGUUUUGGCACAGACUUCAACCUUCUCUUGUAAAUCUAAAUCCUCCUUUGGAUUCAUUUAAUGGAAUCCAGGUUUAUUACACAUACAACUAAUUGUUUCCCCCAUCACUCAGGCCCUCCAAAUAUAAUCUUUCUCAGAAAAAGAAAAGGAUAAAUUUAAUAAGCUAACAGCAUUAAUUUGGCAUUUUUCUUACAGAUUAGGAAGUCACAGCAAAGAGUUAGACAAGAUCAACACGUUUCAUUCUCAGGUUUGUUAGAAGUUUUUUUGUUUCCAAGAUGUCUCUGGCUUGCUGGUACAUUUAGAUGUACUUUUUCUUUUUGAGUAUUGGAAUGUGAUUAUCAAGUGAGUGGUCAAAUAUUUUGACUAGCAACUAAAUUUUGUGCAUCAAUGGUGCAAUACUAAGACUAAAGCAUUCUGCAAGUUAUCUGCCAUUUCUACCACAUGGACAGUGUGAUAAAAGGGCACAAAGCCCCCUCAAAAUAAAGUGAUGUUGUAUGUAACUUGUUCAAUGUUCUCUUAACAUGUUUUGUAAUAAAAGAAAAAAAAUGUUCUAAUAUCA